AUGACCCAACAAGUGCAGCAAGCACGUACUCGUGCUACUGCAAAGGGGCAGCAACGAACCCAGCUAAGCACGACGCCAAUUAUGCAAGUGGCACGCCAAACUGCAACCGACACGCUGUCGAAUACUGUACAGUACAUUCACGGAGUUAAAACAAAAAUCCGACAGUUCAAAUCAGUGCUGCCCAAUGCAGAUUUGUCCAAGAGCCACAUCAAUUCUUUUCUGGGGGUCAAGGGCUACACCGCAGAGACGAAGUCAUCUGCUAUUCUUGCGGAGACGCAGAAGCAUGUCUCACAGGAGGAACACUGACACAAUGCGGGGCAAAUGCUGGUGCUCCCAGGAAGACCAAUGGCUGUUACACGGUUUACAAGGAUGCAGACAUGCGAUUUGCAAUAAAGGAAAACUGCGCCGACAAGAUCGACUUCGCAGACGGCGAGUGCCGAAUCGAAGAGAACACGGAUAAUUUCCGUUGCUACUGCAAAGGCGGCUUCUGCAAUCAAUUCAAUGCAGUCUCCGACUCCAGUUCUUAUUUACUUUUCACGAAUUCACUACAGUAUUGCUGUUCGUCGUACUAACUCUAGCUUCCGUGAAGUGAUAUUUUCUCGAGUUUAAUUCCGACAGAAAGGCGCUUCGUCGAAUAAUCUUGCGAUUACGGCGUUAUAUUUAAAUGAUUUCUGCCAUCUGAUACAGACAAUCUUUAAUUGUUUAUUGCUCGCGGGAAUGGAAUUUUUUCAUGUAAUUGCGGUAAAAAUAAAACAAGCUUUUCCAUGA